CCUCCACGUCGGUGAAUCGGUGAACCGUUCUUGAUCUACAGCAUGACCGCCUGAAGCUUUGUUGUAUAUAACCCUCAAACCCAAAGAUCAAUCCUAAAGAAAGGAAAUUCAGUUCAUACCAUCAAGCAUCACAGCUUUAACUCCUGACGUCAAGGAAAGGCGGUCCACUAAGAUCUCACAUCAACACGGCUUUCUGAUAUCACCGAUUGACCACCCUAUUCCUACGAAAAAGCACCUGUACGGCCAUCAAAAUGGUGACAGUCCACCUCUCCUACACAUCCCGCGUCAACAAGCCUGAGGACUCGCCCGUCCUCACAGUCCCUCAGAUCUGGGCCGGUCUGCAGCGCAAAGUGCGCUUUGCACAAGAGUUCGUACCCGUGAUUGAGAGCUGCACGGUUCUUGAAGAGAAGGAGGAUGGAACGGUGAUCCGGGACGUCAAGUUCAAAGAGGGCGCGGGGCCGAAACCACGAGCGAGGGAGACGGUGCGGGAGUACUAUCCCAGCUGGGUCGAUUUCGAGCAAGAAGACGGGACACACAUCCGCAACGUCGUGUCUGACGGGCCGUCCGGCGAGGAAUCGGAUCUGCAAAUUUCGUACAUGUUUGAGAUCAAUCUUCCUCAUAUUCAAGAUGGCACGGAGGAGAAGGAGAAAGAGGUCAAGAAGUUGAAGGGGAUGGCGAAGAUGGCUGUGGAGAAGAGUAUUGACACAAUCAGGGAAAUGGUCAAGGAUGGAAGGAUUUAGAGGUUGAGAUUGAGGUGGUUUGGGAAGGGCCGAGAGAAGUCUGUAUUGAAGUGAGAAUAACUGCAUGUACAGUUUAUACUCGUCGAACCCAGGUUGUCCCUGAUGAGCUUCCAGUGCUGUAACGAACUUGCG